ACUCGGUCGCCUCACGGCGGCCAAGCUAAAAGAACGAAUCAUUUCAUAAAGUGAUUCGGUUCAGUUCGUUCACUAAAAAGAUUCGUUCUUCUGAAAGAAACUGUCUUGAACGUAAGAACACUAAGAGGAAGUGGGCUUUGCUUACCAAAAUGAGACUCAAGAGGUUUCUUCUCAGAUAUUACCCACCAGGUAUAAUCCUGGAAUAUGACAAAGGAGGCCUUUUGAGGACUAAAUCCAUCGACCUUUUGGAUCUGACAACAGAAACCAACCCAGAUGAGUUAUUGAAAGAGAUCAUGGAAUCAGAGCCUCUCAUCUCAGAGUCCCGAGCUGAGCAAGUAAAAAAGCUCAUCAUUCGACUCCAACAGAAACAGAGCCAAGAUGACCACGACAGGUUCUGUUUUUCCAAGGAGCUGAAAGCGCACAUACUGCCUCUGACUAAUGUUGCAUUUGACAAAUCAGGGUCAAGGUUUCUAACUGGGAGCUACGACAGAACAUGUCGUAUUUGGGACACCGCCUCCGGCACUGAGCUGCGCGCACUGGAGGGCCACAGAAAUGUGGUGUAUGCCAUCGCAUUCAACAACCCCUUUGGAGACAAGAUUGCCACUGGUUCUUUCGAUAAGACCUGUAAGCUGUGGUGUGCUGAGACGGGAAAAUGCUUCUAUACGUUUCGCGGCCAUAUGGCUGAAAUAGUGUGUCUGGCAUUCAACCCUCAGAGUACACUAGUGGCCACAGGCAGCAUGGAUGCCACCGCCAAACUGUGGGAAGUGGAGACCGGGCGGGAGGUGGCCACGCUCGCUGGUCACACUGCAGAGGUCCUCUCCUUGUGCUUCAACUCGAUCGGCAAUCAGCUUGUGACUGGCUCCUUCGACCACACCGUUAUUAUUUGGGAUGUCGCUUCAGGAAGAUGUGUCUACACCUUGACGGGCCACCAGGCAGAGAUCAGCAAUGUUCAGUUCAACUGGGAUUGCUCACUUAUAGUCACAGGCUCCAUGGAUAAAACAGGCAAGGUGUGGGACGCAGGCAGUGGCAGUUGUGUGGCCACCCUCGUUGGACACAAAGAGGAGGUUCUGGAUGUGUGUUUUGAUUUACGGGGUCAACUCAUUGCUACAGCCUCUGCCGAUGGCACUGCCAGAGUGUUCAGUGCAUCCACACACCAGUGCCUGACAACACUUGAGGGCCAUGAGGGAGAGAUCUCCAAGAUCUGCUUCAGUCCUCAGGGCAGCAAGGUUCUGACUGCCAGCUCAGACAAGACAGCUCGUUUGUGGGACGUCCAGUCUGGGGUCUGCCUCCAGGUUCUAGAGGGCCACACUGACGAAAUCUUCUCCUGUGCGUUCAACUACGAAGGCGACACCAUCAUCACAGGCAGCAAGGACAACACGUGCCGGAUCUGGUGCUGACCCUUCCCGGGAGCCGGUAGCCGUCCAUGUCACUCCACUCCACGUGGGCUUGCUGUUAUUGCAUAUAUAUUAUGCUGCUGUAGACAGCUUCAUUUGAGGAUGAGCAGCUCAAUGACAUACAUUGUUGACAGCCUCUGUGCGACUUUGAAAUGUUAACUCAUUUUCACGCUCCUGAUCUUCCGGGUGCAAUUCUUGAUGUAAAUCCUCAGCUUGUUCUCUUGACAUUUAUUAUUUGUAUCAAUCAAAGAAGUUUUUUUUUUUUCUUCCCCCCACUUAAGCUCAAGGUCAUCUUGUUGUUUUCCCCCAACUAUGCUAAAGUAGCCUAAGCUAAUUUCCUCCAAGCUAAAUAGCGUUCACUUGUGGUAAACAGAUAUCAGCUCAGAAAUGGGGCCAAUGCAUUUCCUCCAUCUGUUGAGACUUUGUGUGCUCAGGGAGACCGUAAAGCUGAUUUGAAGUUUUUGUGUCAUCUCAAGAGUAGUCUCGACUUUGUAAUCCGCUUUAAAAGUAUUAACAUUAGAAUGCUCGUAUUAAAAUAGGGGGUUAAUUGAGGAUAUCUGCUUAUCUUUGACUGCUUUGCUGUAAUGUUUGAAACUUGUGCUAAGGAUGUUAACGUGGCCCAGUGAAUGUCUCAACGUUUUUGUACUAACUCAAAAAUCUAAUGUUCCCGCGAUCAGUACCACAGCGGAUGUUACAGGUAUUAGAUUUGCUUCACAUCACAGGAAUCUUUUAUUGAUGUCAAAAUAUAAAUACAUUCACUUAUAUAAUGACACUCUACAGCUCAAUUGUGUGCUUCUGUUAACACAAGAGUACCACAAAGUAGAGAAAUAAACACACCAAGUUCACUUACAAAUUCAACGUUAAUCUUACUUGGACUUCCUGACCAUAAAUGCUAAACAGUGCACUACUCCAAGGUGCUGCAGGUCCAAAUGGUCAAUAUAUACAAGACAACAAUCUAAGAUCCGUUCUCAAGUAACAUAUAUUACAUCUCUACAUACAACUUUUAAGGUCACAACAAGGGUGGUUUGUUGGCUAAUGAAAACAAAGAAAAUAAUAGGCAUUUUCUUAACUUUCAAUGAAUGUGUACAGUGGAUGUCAGAUGAAAAUCGUACAUAAACAGUCACGUUUAUUUUUUUUUAAAGGAGCCUACUGAGCAGUUGGAAAUGUGCACCUGAUGAUCCUAUUAUCUACUGGUACUUUUUUGGAAUAAACAAAUGAA